UAAUUUUUUUUGUUGGACCGUUAACUGCACAUUGAUAACAGCGUAUUUAUAUCUCAAGUUACAUGCAUGCUUAUAUAGAGAAAAAGUGAAUUAAAUAUGCCGUUUGAUUUUAGAGGAAAGAAAGUGCUGGUUACUGGAGCAGGAAAAGGAAUAGGACGUGGAGUUGCUAUUGCAUUAAAUAAAUCUGGCUGCAAAGUAUACGCUCUAAGUAGGACUAAACCUACACUUGAUAGUCUAGUGGAAGAAUGUCCGGACAUUAUACCGAUUGUUGCUGACCUUUGUGACUGGGAGGAUACGAGAGAAAAACUAGAAAAGAUUGAGGUUUUGGACGGGCUUGUAAACAAUGCUGGAAUAGGAGGUCACGACUACGAUGCUUUAAAUUGCCCUAAAGAAUACAUAAACCAUGUACUGGACAACAAUUUACUUAGCGCAAUAAAUUGCUCACAGGUUGUUGCAAAGAAAAUGAUUGAAGCAAAGGUGAAAGGGUCGAUCGUAAAUUGUUCAAGCAUUGUAAGCUUAGCUGCAUUUCCAAUGGGUCUUCCAUAUGCUGUUUCAAAAGCAGGUAUGGAUAUGGUAACAAAGCAGUUCGCAUUGGAACUCGGACCUCAUGGAAUACGGGUGAAUUCAGUGAAUCCUGGAUUUGUUAAUACGCCAUUAGUGCAGAGCCUUAUCGAAGAAGGGAAGGUUUCAGUUGAUUUCUUUAUAUCUAGGUCGCCAAUGGGAAGAAUUCAGACUGUAGACGAAAUUGUCGACCCGACUUUAUACCUCCUUAGUGAACAUUCAGCUAUGGUCACAGGUCAGAUGCAUGUUGUCGAUGGCGGUUGUCUAUCUAAUAUUACUGUCAAAGUGUAAACAAAUGGACUCUACAUUGUGUUGAAUAAGUAUCACUGAUGUUGAAAUCUAGACUCUGUACCACAUUUUACACAAAGUUGCUAGUAUUAUAAUUUAUAUAAACAAAAAUGACAAAUGAAUUAUAUGGGAAAUAUUUUUAAUAUGAAACAUGUAAAUUGAAAUUGUAAUGAAGGUAUUUCGUAUAUUAAUUAUGUUCUUGAAUGUAUGUAUAUAUUCGUAAAUUCUGUCAUAAAACUAUGGAAAUUAAAACUGGGUAACUUUUAAAUGAUAACGAUGUAGAAAAUAUUCAAUCAGUUAUAUUGACCUUUCUUUGUCAUGUUAUAUCUUGUACACUGAUAUCGGCAAACAUAUAUUAAACCUACUGAAGAAAAAAUGUUCAGACAUUUACCUUUGAGUACCAUGUCCAAUCUAUUGCCGUUAAUAAUUACUUAAAACUUUUAAUAAUUAUGAAU